GUUGGCUUCAAGCGUCGUAGCUUCACUUCGCUUUAGUCGCUUAAUGGUGGAACUUAUUAUUUUUUGUUGACGUUUUAUUCUAUCAAUUCCUUAGAAGAAGUCGUAUUUUGUACGCUGUCGGUUUAAGAUAUUCAAUUUAAUUCUGAUAUUUUUUCGUUAAUAAGCUGUUUUCCAGAGUUUACACAUAAAAAUAAUGUUUUCAAUUACAAAACGCUUCAAUCCCUCACAAUAACCGCGUAUUGCCAUUAUCGUCGGAUGUUUGCAUAUUAUUGGAUGCAUAGGAAGUGCCAUUGGAGCAGUUUAUGCAUUAAUUACAACGGGACCUGUUUCUGAAUUUAAUGACGUUUUUCAUAAUGAUGACAUGAUCACAAUUAUUAUUUCAUCGGUAUUUGCAUCAAUUGGAUUACUUCUUAUAAUCGGAGCUUGGAAGAAAUUUCAUCUGAUGCUUCUGCCAUGGCUGAUUAUUGAGGGAUUAAUGUUAGUUUUAUAUUUUAUGCAAACUUUCUUCAAUUUAAUGGAUUUCCGUUCGUUUGACUUGUCAAGAAUAGAUCUUAGCAUUGUUAGAUUUCUUAUAAUUGGUCUUUGUGCUUAUGUAUGGUUCGGAAUUUUAACACUCUAUCAAUAUAUUCGAGAUGAAAAACGAAAAUCAUCAACUGAAAAUUACAAGGAAUAUCUAGUAUGUUCUAAAACUGAUCCUAAUGAAGUUAAUAGGAGAAUAGAAUCAUAUCCUCCUCCUUAUGUUAUUCCAAUAAUAUAUUCUGAUCCAAAACAACCACCUUCGCAGAUAAAAUUCUAAGUUUAUUUUAUUAGUAUUAAACUUUAAGUACUUAAACAUACAAAAUGUGUAAGUUCAUAGCAUUUUUUUUGUUAACUAAACUUUUUGGAAAAUAAAAAAUGAAGUGUA